GCUAAAGCUAUUCACACCAGUUUCAUUACCAUUACCGUUUUUCUCAUCCUCUUCCAAGUGUUUUUGUUCUCUCUCCCUCUCUACACACACACACAUAUAUAUAUGCAUGUAUAUAACACAACACACCACAUUCACACAUGACAGCACAAACACGAGGUCUCACAUAACACCAAAUCUCAUCACGACCAUCAUCAUCAUAAUCACCAUAGCAUAACCCUCCUUUUCUCUCUCUAAAUCUCUCUCAAUUCUCUCUCCUUAGAUCUGCGAAUUAUCUUAGAUUCCGAUAGAUAAAAUAAAAUUCAAUCAAUAAUCAAUUUGGAUCCUCGCGGCGGGGAAUGGAAGCGUUGUUGUUGUUGUUGGUGGUGGUGGGUGAAUCUAGCAGACUCUGAACGCGAAAAAUGCCUGCGUUACCGCACGGGAAUCACCAAUUCGGUAGUAGUAAUGGAUUCUGGUCGAAGAAUCGCGACGAUGUUGGAUACAAUCAGCUCCACAAGUUUUGGUGUGAGCUGUUGCCGCAAGCUCGGCAGGAGCUCUUGAGGAUAGACAAGCAAACCCUUUUUGAGCAUGCACGAAAAAUAAUGUACUGCUCCAGGUGCAAUGGGCUACUUCUUGAAGGCUUUUUGCAGAUUGUUACAUAUGGGAAAUCUUUGCAGCAAGAGGGAGCGGGUGUUCACAUUCCUUGCAGCAGACCUGAAAGUUUGAAAAAUCAAAAUAAUGGUGGAUCAUCCAUAUGUAAUGUAGUCCAGGAUGAAAUGCAAGAUCCAACUGUCCAUCCUUGGGGUGGUUUGACCACAACGCGUGAGGGUUCAUUGACGCUUAUGGACUGCUACUUGUAUUCAAAGUCUCUGAAAGGACUGCAAAUUGUAUUUGAUGGAGCACGUGCAAGGGAGCGGGAAAGAGAAUUGCUUUAUCCUGAUGCCUGUGGUGGGGGAGGCCGUGGUUGGAUAAGCCAAGGAAUUGUGAGUUAUGGUAGAGGGCAUGGGACAAGGGAAACCUGUGCCUUGCACACUGCCAGACUUUCAUGUGAUACGCUGGUGGAUUUUUGGUCAGCACUGGGAGACGAGACAAGGCAAUCUCUUCUAAGGAUGAAGGAAGAAGAUUUUAUUGAGAGACUCAUGUACAGGUUUGAUAGCAAGAGAUUUUGUAGAGAUUGUAGAAGAAAUGUUAUUCGAGAAUUCAAGGAACUAAAAGAACUGAAGCGCAUGAGAAGAGAACCUCGUUGCACCAGCUGGUUUUGUGUUGCCGAUACUGCCUUUCAGUAUGAGGUAUCCAAUGACUCAAUUCAAGCUGAUUGGCGCCUAACAUUUGCGGAUACUGUUGGAUUGUAUCAUCACUUUGAGUGGGCUGUGGGAACAACUGAAGGAAAAUCUGACAUUUUGGAAUUUGAAAAUGUUGGAAUGAAUGGAUGUGUACAAGUCAGUGGCCUAGAUCUUGGUGGUUUGAGUGCAUGCUUCAUCACCCUCCGAGCUUGGAAGCUAGAUGGACGCUGUACUGAACUUUCUGUUAAAGCUCAUGCAUUAAAGGGUCAACGGUGUGUACAUUGCAGGCUAAUUGUAGGGGAUGGUUAUGUUACAAUAACAAAAGGGGAAAGUAUCAGAAGAUUCUUUGAGAAUGCGGAAGAGGCAGAAGAAGAAGAGGAUGAUGGUUUGAUGGAUGAAGAUGGAAAUGAGAUUGAUGGAGAAUGCUCCCGUCCUCAAAAGCAUGCAAAGAGUCCUGAACUUGCUCGAGAAUUUCUUCUAGAUGCUGCUACUGUUAUAUUUAAAGAACAGGUCGAGAAGGCUUUCAGAGAAGGAACAGCACGCCAAAAUGCGCACAGCAUAUUUGUUUGUCUUGCACUGAAACUGCUGGAAGAACGAGUUCAUGUAGCAUGCAAAGAAAUCAUUACAUUAGAAAAGCAGAUGAAACUUCUAGAAGAAGAAGAAAAGGAAAAACGUGAAGAAGAAGAACGGAAGGAGAGGAAACGGGCAAAAGAAAGGGAGAAAAAACUUAGGAGAAAGGAAAGACUAAAAGGAAAGGAGAAAGAUACAGAAAGAAAGUGUUCCGAAUCAAUGGAUGUUCCUGGAUCUACUGAAAUCUCAAAGGAUGAAUUGUCUCCUGCUUCUGAUGUAGAACAAAAUAAUUCUAUUAGAAGCAGGAGUUCAGUCAUUGUAAUAGAGGGUGAUUAUCCUAAAAUACAAGAUGAAGACUUCACUAGAGAGGGUAGUACUUUGAGAACACAAGACUGCUCUUACGAUGACUGUGAGGGAGACGUUGCAAAAGCGCAACAUCACACUUAUGAUGACUGGGAUGGAGACAUUGCAAAUGCUCAAGACAGGAAUAGUACUUCUACAGUUGAGCAAUCAAAAUUUUAUUGUCAAAGACUUAGAUUCAGGAAAGAAUUUCAACUGGAUGCGCCCACAAAGUGGUCUGACAGAAGCCAUAAUGCAGUUGCUUCAGAAAAUGGUGUGGCUGUUGGAAGAUCAGAGCCAAUACACCAUGAAGAUAAUUUUGGGAUGCCUUCCAGGGGAAUCAAUGGAUUGAACAGGCAAUCUAGAAUAAAUGUUGCAAAAUCCAAUGGUCGAAACAUUAGUCAUAAGUGCAGUGAGAGGCUUUAUAGUUCUAACAGCUGGAUAAACGACAGAUACAAUUUCCAUUCAUGCAGUUGUAGCCUGAAUAAUAGAACGAAUAGAGUUAGUUGGGAGACAAAACCUGCUAGUAAGUCUGAAUCCACAGUUGAUACAUCUAAGCAAUUUUAUGGUGGUAGCAAGUAUAAUCAUGUAGACUUCAUGCAUGAGAGUAAUGGAAGAACCAAAGGCAGAGUCAUCCCAGGGAACUAUUCCAGCAGGGAUUUGCCUCAACCAAAGAAAGUUUGGGAGCCUAUGAAGUCACACAAGAAGUAUGCUCGUAGUAAUUCAGACUCUGAUGUUACAUUGGGGUCCACAAGUCAAGGGUUUCAGUUUGAUACAGUAAGGUCUUCUGUUGAUGAAUUUGGCAGUUCAGGUGAAAUUGAUGACGAGGAUAGUAAUUUGAAAAGAAGCAGAAUGGUUGAAGGCUGUCAGAAUAAUCUUGAUGCAGAAACUGGAGCAUCUUGCAGCUCCACAGAAAUUGUGUCUGAGGCUGGAAUGUGUCUGAUGGGCAGCUCUGCCUUGAAUAAUUCUUCUGAUCCCAAUCAAGGUAGCACUUCUAGUUCUGAUAACUGCUCAUCAUGCCUAAGUGAGGGUGAUAAUAAUACAACAUCUUCAAACCGUGAAAAUACAGAAUCCUCGACAUCAGAUUCAGAAGAUGCUAGCCAACAAUCUGAAGUAAGAGAUAGUUCAACCUGCAUUGACAAUGGCUUAUCUGUUUCUCGUGAAGCUGGGAUGAAGAAAAUCAAUAAUGCAAAUGAUGAGGGUUUGACUAGCAGGUCACCAUUUGGUCCAUCCUUGGGUGUAACAAGAGGUGAUGUAUCGGGGAAUCCUGUGGUGAAAAUUACCCAUAAUUUUGAUAAUGGGUUUUCCUCCAUUAAUAAGUGUUCUCAACCUCAAAGCAUGCUUCCUCCAGUGCCAAAGCAAAAUGUUCAAUUUCCAGUGUUCCAGCCUCCUUCAGCAAUGGGAUAUUACCAUCAAAAUCCAGUUUCAUGGCCAGCUGCUCCCACAAAUGGGUUGAUGCCUUUCCCACACCCAAACCCCUACUUAUAUGCUGGCCUGUUUGGAUAUAGCUUAAAUGAGGAUCCGUGCUUCUGCUUGCAGUAUGGUGGCUUACAGCAACCAGCACCCCUAUUUAACCCUGUUGCCGUUCCAGUUUAUCAGCCAGUUGCCAGAGCUAAAGGCUUAAAUGCAGAAGAACCGACUCUAAUGUCUAAGCCAACAUCCAUGGUGCAAGAGCAUUUUAGUAGAUUUGCAGUAGAAAAGGUUUCUCUAACCGGAGCUAAUUUGCAAAAAGAAGCAUUGCAUGGGGAAGUUGAAUGUGGUAAUUCUGCAAAGUCCCAAGGCAGUGGUUUUUCCCUGUUUCAUUUUGGUGGCCCUGUAGACCUUUCAACUGGUCAUAAAUCGGUAACUGCAUCUUCAAAUGGCGACAAUGUUGGAGAUUUUAGUUCAAAGAGUUCAGUAGAUCAAGUUGACAAAGAUCAUGAUUGCAAUAAAAAAGAGGCUACUGUCAUUGAGGAGUACAACUUGUUUGCGGCAAGUAAUACCUUAAGGUUUUCAAUUUUCUAAAUGAAAUGAUAAGUAUAAGGUGGCUGUUGACGAAUUCAGUCUCUAUCUUCAUGUGGUAAUGGAGGUUAGAGUACUUUGUAAUUCAGUAAACAAUAAGCUUCCUUAAGCAAUUUUUAUUCUAGCCUAUAGUUUUAUUAGUUGAUUGUUACCCAAUUUGUCUGCUUUUUCCUUUGGUGUAGAGAAAGAUUGCGAGUGCUGGUAUCUUAUGUGAGAUCAUAAUUCCGCCUUCCCCAAACACCUUUUUGCUUUAAAGUUUCAGAGAACCAAAGCUGCUUCAUAAUGGAAGCUGUAAUGGGGAUUGAGUGGACAUCAUCAAUGUGAUUGAAAGUGUUAUAUUUGCUCGACUCUGGUUGAUGGUUUUUUUAUCAGUGGAUGCCAAAAAUAUAUUAUAAUUGGAUUCAGAUUUACAUCA